CGGAUGACGUGUGCGGCCGCCGCCUGUGACUAGUGACGCGCGGCGAACUGCCGCGUUUCUCCUCGCACGGCCGGCGCUUCAGUCAGUCAGUCGGCGUCUGGUAGAGCACGCGAUGGGGCUUCGCGUGUUCACCCUCUGCCUCCUGUUGCUGCUGCUGCACGUGGGGUUGCUGUCCGCAGCGCCGCAGAAGCAGAGGGGAUGCCAGCAGGAGUGCGGGCCGUGCAAGGCGUGCGCGCAGCAGCUGCCGCACACCGAGGGCUGCGCGGUGCAGUGCGUGCUCUGCGACAUCUGCCACGCGUGCUUCCUCGGCAAGGAGUGCCAGUGGGAGGUGCGCCCCGUGCCCAAAGACUACACCUAGCUGCGCACGCCACUCAACCAAUCAACGCCUCGCCAACUGCACCAGGGGCAAAGGAUACACGCGGAAUCGCUCCACUAGUCAAAGACUCUUUGUGUCAUAGUUUCAUUGUUGUGUGAUUUUUUUUAAUGUGUAGUGAGUGAAUAUUGCGUGCUUUUUCACAUUUUAACUAUUCAUUUGCAGUUUGUAUAUUGUAGUUAUCCCUUCAUAAUAUCCCUAGAUAUUUUUUAUUACAAAUAUCUUGCUAGCUAUAUCCAUAUUAAAUGGAUGCCAUCAUAACUUCUGUAAAAUCCUAGUUAUCCGUUCUGGUAAAAUUAAUUGCCUGUAUAAUUUUAAUAUAAAUCAUUGUAAGAGAAUUCACAAAAUAAAAAUAUACAAAUACUUAA